AUGGGCCCGGCCGGCAGGCCGCCUCCGCUGCCGCCCCCGCUGCCGCAGUUGGCGCCCGCUGAGGCGGUUGGCGAGGCUGCAUGCCUGGGCGCCGGCAGUCCUUCCAAGGCCCGCCGGCGUUGCCGACCCUGUGCUGGCGCCGGCGCUCGCGCCCGCGCCGCGCUGAGGGAGGGGGGGCUCCUGACGCGCGUGGCGGGGCCGUCGGUGCUUGCGAGCACCUUGUCGUUCCUGGUCUUCAUCCAGGUGGCGCAGAGGGUGGGUGCACGCUUCGGAGACGCAGCGCUGGCCAGCUACUCCCUGGGCCAGCUGGUGGGCAACCUGACUGGCCGCAGCGUCGUCCAGGGGGUGAUGAUGGCCUACGGCACCCUCGGGCCGCAGGCCGUCGGGCGCGGGGAGCACCGGCUCGCGGGCGUGCUCAUCCUGCGCGCCUGGGGCCUCUGCGCCGCGCUGCUGCUGCCGGUGGUGGCUAGCUGGGGGUGGGCGGAGCCGCUCCUCGUGCUGCUCGGGCAGGACCCGAGACCCGCUGGUGGCGAGCCAGUCGGCCGCGUUCCUGGGCAUCUUCCGGCUGCAGCUGCCUUUGUUCCUCUCGUACGAGGCCGCGCGCCAGUUCGCUUUGUCACAGGGCAUCGCCUGGCCCUUCGCUCUGAUCGUGCUGCUCAGCGUGCUCCUGGUCUACGUCGCCCUGGACCCCCUGCUGGACCAUUUCGGCUUCGAGGGCUCCGCCUGGAUGAUAUUCUUCGUGACGGCUUUCCAGAUGGUCGCGGCGCUCGCGCGGUGGCGGACCUGCGCUGCCAGAGGCCCGGCCCCGCCACCGGGGCCUUCCCGGGCUGGGCGGGGCUGCUUGAGGCGUGGCACAGCCAGGGGGAGCUGCUGAGCUUCGCGCGCCUCGCCCUGCCGGGCGUGCUCUCCAUGACCGAAUGGUGGUUCUGGGAGGUGACGUGCUUCCGCGCCGGGACCUUCGGCGCGGAGCAGCUGGCGGCGCACUCUCUGAUCUACAUGCUGGUGCCUCUGCUCUUCCAGGUGCCGCGGGGCAUCCGCGACGGCCUCGGCUCGCGAGCCGGCCACCUGCUCGGCGAGGGCAGAGGAGAGCCGCGGCCCGCAACGUCACGCUCGGCGCCGUCCUCGUCGGCACGUGCCUCGUCUGCUUCGAUGCCGCCCUCGCGUCCGCGUGGCGGGCCGAGUACAUCUCGCUCAUGA